CUUUCAUUGUUCGUCGACACUCAAGGUUCUCCUUCAUCCUUCAUUCACUUCCGGACUGCCACUCUACUCCCGUCGCUCUUGAGCUCCUGUCUGAAUAGCGUUUUACUUCGACGCCAUUCACCAUGGCUUCUGACGGGGCAGCCACCAUGGACCCUGUGACCAACGGAUCCUCGUCCCAGCAAAGGAAGGUCGCCUACUUCUACGACUCGGACGUGGGUAACUAUGCCUAUGUUGCGGGUCAUCCCAUGAAGCCGCACCGUAUACGAAUGGCGCAUAGCCUGAUUAUGAAUUAUGGACUUUAUACAAAGAUGGAGAUCUACCGCGCGAAGCCCGCUUCCAAGUACGAAAUGACACAGUUCCACACGGAUGAGUACAUCGACUUCCUGUACAAGGUCACGCCCGACAACAUGGACAAUUUCGUGAGGGAACAGAGCAAGUACAAUGUCGGCGACGAUUGUCCUGUGUUCGAUGGACUGUUCGAAUUCUGCGGUAUCAGCGCGGGCGGCACCAUGGAGGGGGCGGCUCGUUUGAACCGUGGAAAGUGCGAUGUUGCAGUCAACUGGGCCGGAGGUCUGCAUCACGCGAAGAAGAGUGAAGCUAGUGGCUUCUGCUAUGUUAACGACAUUGUUCUUGGUAUCAUCGAGCUACUCCGGUACAAGCAGCGCGUGCUGUACAUCGAUAUCGACGUUCAUCAUGGUGACGGUGUCGAGGAGGCAUUCUACACCACGGACCGUGUCAUGACCGUUUCCUUCCACAAGUAUGGAGAGUACUUCCCAGGUACCGGUGAGCUGCGCGACAUCGGUAUCGGCGCUGGAAAGAACCACUCCGUCAACUUCCCGCUCCGCGAUGGCAUCACCGAUGCGACAUACAAGAGCGUCUUCCAACCUGUCAUUCGGGCGGUUAUGGAUUACUACGGCCCUGAGGCAAUUGUCCUGCAAUGCGGUGGAGACAGUCUGUCGGGCGACAGAUUGGGCUGCUUCAAUUUGAGUAUGGAAGGACACGCUAAUUGCGUCAAAUUCGUGAAGAGCUUCGGUGUGCCUACCAUCAUUCUGGGAGGUGGCGGGUAUACUAUGCGCAACGUUGCGCGUACGUGGGCGUUCGAGACCGGAACACUCGUCGGUGCCGAGAUGUCGAAGCAGCUCCCUUACAAUGACUAUUACGAGUACUUCGCCCCUGAUUAUGAGCUGGAUGUCCGUCCUUCUAACAUGGAGAAUGCAAACUCGCCGGAUUAUUUGAAUAGGAUCAUGAACACCGUAAUCGAGAACAUUCGGCGGACCGGCAAACCCUCGGUGGAGGCCUUCCAAACGGUGCCAGAAAACCCAUUGACGCGGGGGAUGGAAUCUGACGAUGAAGACGAGGAGGAUGACCUUGACGUGGAUCAACACCCGGAUCAGCGCGUGACCCAGCGCCAGCGGGAUAAGAUGAUUGCCAAAGACAACGAGUUCGAGGAGAGCGAUGACGAAGAAUACAAAGCCAGCCUUGGUGUGCGGAGACAACCUGGCGAGACCCGACGGCGGGGCAUCAUGGCGUUCCAGAACCCGCAUGCUCUCCCUGACGAGAUUGAGGACGAGGCCCCACGCACCAUGAACGGCGAAAGCGGCAGGGUGGCAGGCCAAGCCAGCCCUGGCCCAGCAAGCCGCGCCUCAUCGGCAAGGCCGGCUACUAAUGGUGCAGGUGCCGCGAGCGCCGCAGCCGCAGACGAAGAUGGAGACAUUGAAAUGGACGAUGAGACGGCCGCUGAGCCCGCCACUACCGUCGCCGGAGCCGCCGGCCCUUCCACGGCACCUGUACAAGCAACACCUGCCGCCCUCCAUAGGGAUAUUUCACCGGCUGGCGUUGUUACGCCGCCCGAGUCGCCACCUGCACAGCCUCAAGCAGCGGGAGCACCUGUUGCUUCUAGUGCCUCCGCUGCUCCUGCUGUUGCAUCUGAGGACGUAGAUAUGGAUGAGGGAGGCGACGAGGACGAAGAUCGUGCUGAAGAAAUACAAAGGGAGAAGGAUGAAGGUCUAAGAGAACGGGAGGAAGAAGACGAGCGAGCAGAAGCGGAGAUGGAGGCUAAGCUAGAGGAAGAGGCAGAAAAGUAGAUCUCACCAUGUCAUUCCCCAUUCUCCAUUGUUACAAUCACCGGUAGGUUUGGACGGGCUGGUAGGCAUGGGCAAGGCGUUACUUCGCGUCUAUUGGCUUUGGAAUAUGAGAAUCCGGUUUGCGGUGUCUCCGCGCUUCUUCCGGCGUCCCUGGGUCAAGGAUACCUCUUUUCUGUUUAUGCUGGUUUCUAUCGUUUUCCCAUUGUAUGUUGCGUCCUUUUGGGACCUCAAGAACAUUUCAAUCUACAUAAUUUCCCUCUGGAGAUAAACAUAUGUCAACCAGGGCUUAUUGGCUAUCUCCAUCGUUUCCUUCAUUGCUUCCUUCAUGCUGUGGAGUUGAUUUGCUUUUCGUGCUUGCAUUCUGCUCACAGGGGAAUGUAGAUACUUUUGGCUUACAGCUGUACGGCGCCAAAGCCCGAGAGGUAACUGCCUGGGGGACUGCAUGCCGCAAC